AGCAUAGGAGAUGUUCAUGUUCGGCUGAGCAUUGGAGCCAUGGUUUGCGAUGCUCCUGCAAGGAGCUAUGUGAAAUGUAUUGUUGGCCACACUGGCUAUUAUGCGUGCGAGCGAUGCAACCAAAAAGGGCAGCACCUUGAGAACAGGGUGACAUUUCCCAGACUUCAUGCAGCUGCACGGACGAAUGCAUCAUUUCGAUCUGAAGAGAACAAGCACCACCAUUCUGGUGUUUCACCAUUCUUUUCCCUUGACGUCGACAUGAUUGCAUUCUUCCCAUCUGAAUACAUGCAUCUCGUUUGCCUGGGAGUCAUGCGACGACUUUUAAGGAAUUGGGUAUGCCAAGGCCACAGUAACAGACUGAGCAGACUGUAUCGCAAUCAACUGAAUGAAAGCCUGCGAGAGGCAUCCAAGGCCUUUCCAACAUGUUUCCAGCGGAAACCAAGGGGUACAGAAGAGCUUGAUCGGUGGAAGGCAACAGAGUUUCGGACAUUCCUCCUUUAUGUGGGGAAUGUUGUCCUAAAGCCUCUUCUGCCUGCUUCUCAGUACAAGCAUUUUGUAAUGUUUCAUGUGGCGGUCAGAAUUUUAGCAUCGCCUCAGCACUACCGUGAGUACAAUGUUUUUGCCAAAGAUUUGCUAAGGUAUUUUGUUCAGGAGCUUAGUGAGCUAUACGGGAAAAAACAGCUCGUGUACAAUGUACACUCACUAAUUCAUCUUGCUGACCAGUGCCUAGACCAUGGCCCUUUAGAUGAGUUUAGUGCAUUCCCUUUCGAAAGCUACCUUGGACGAAUUAAAAAGUUGCUGCGAUCUUCCAACAAGCCACUUUCGCAGCUAAGUAGGAGAAUUUCUGAACUGAGGCAUUCAUCCAGGAACAAAGUCAAGCAGAAACUGCAACAUGUGAAGCCUGGAGACUGCUUCCUGAUUGACAGUACUCCUGCGGUGGUUCUGGAGAUAAUGGCAGACCACUUCAAGGGUGGGAUUUUGCCAAAUGCCAGGGACUUUUUCAAACUUCCACUGAAGUCGUCUCAGUUGAAUAUCUGGCGCUGCAAUACGUUGAGUAACGAAAGAAAGGUCUGGCAUCUUGAUGACCUUCGGAACACAGCUCGGUGCCUGAGGCUAAACCUCAAGCAAGGACAUGUUGUUAUUCCUCUUUUGCACUUUCACUGAAGCUGUCAGUGGCCGUUGGGCUUGUAGUGACCCAAACUGCCUUAGUCAGCCGUCCAACUUCCACAUAGCAUGCCGUUCACUUACGGCAAGCAUGCUGAUAGCUGUACAACCAGGACACAUUGCAUGUCAAUUCUCCAAGGUGUUACACCAGCUGUCAUUCACGCUUCUGCUGUGUUUUCACCGCAUCAGGCUCACACUGCCAUGCCUCUUCAGAAGUCACUGCUCACACUGGGGCGCAUCACAACCUCCAUGACUUAGUUACCGAGUGGCGCAGCAGAGCGUCUGAGCCAUCCAGUUCCCCUGCAUCACGGAUACCACCUGAGCCUGCACCUAGCUUUCUGAAACUUCAGUUGUGCCUUUGAUAUCUCCACUUUCUACGUGUUGAAGUGCACUUCAUCUGGAACAAGUUGCAUCACGGAAGACUAAACGGCCCGCUUC